CGCUGACAUACUAUAUUGCGGCCGCUGUCGAGGCCGCCUAUUGUUCAUUAUUGCAGCAUCGCACGGUAUGCUGAUAGGAAAAGAAUAUUAAGAAGUGGUCAUGGCACCACCUUGCCCUGGCAGUAUCAUCACUAGCUCUCGCUGGGAUUUGACCUUCUAUCGCAAUGACAGUGCCACCGAGUCCCUAUGCCGAAGCGCAUGUUGAUCCCCAAGGCGUUGGGGAUGCACGACCAACCGCACUCCAGAUCAUCCGGGAUGAGAACUUGGAAGACAAGCUAGUUGGCAAGGCCAUUGUCGUCACCGGUGCGACGUCGGGCAUCGGUCUCGAGACUGCCCGCGCUUUGUCUGCCACCGGAGCGACUCUGUUCUUACCGGCUCGCGAUCUAGGAAAGGCCCGGAAGACUCUCUCGACUAUCCUGGAAUCAGGCCGUGUCUCUCUCAUUGAGAUGGACAUCAACUCGUUUGCGAGCAUCCGGAUGGCGGCGUCGGAGAUCCUGUCUGCUUCACAGAAUCAGGUCAACAUCCUCAUCAACAACGCCGGGGUGAUGGGCAUCCAGGAACGCCAGCUGACUGAGGAUGGCCAUGAGACGCACUUCGCGACCAACUACCUGGGUUCUUUCCUCCUGUUCCAGCUGCUGAAGCCGGCCUUGCUGGCCAGCGCCUCGCUCGACUUGAACUCUCGAGUGGUUAAUGUGUCGUCGUCCGCGCACCGCUUCUGCACUCUUAUGAACAGUGACGAUUACGAUUUCCAAAAAAGCGACUACAGCCAUGAACUGGCAUAUGCCAACUCCAAGUUGGCCGCCGUCUACAUGACCAACGAGAUCGAUCGUCGCUACGGUUCUAAAGGCAUCCAUGCCACCAGUAUCCACCCUGGGGCCAUUAACACGGACAUCUCCCGAGACAUAGGUCCUGGAUUCGUGGCAGCGAUCAUGAGCAAUCCGGUGGUUCUUAAGAUCCUGAAGUCUCCAGAGCAGGGAGCAGCGACGACGGUUCUGGCCGCGGUUGGAAAAGAGUGGGAGAGCAAGGGAGGGAAAUAUCUGGAGGAUUGCCAGGAGGCAGAACGAGGAAAGGAUGACGGUCAGGCAUUUGGGUUUGGAUAUGUAUGCCAGACGUACGAUCCCAAGGACGAGGAGCGCCUGUGGAGAGACUCGCUGAAGCUGGUGGGCGUGAGCGACCAUCUUUGA